AUGUCCCCGGAAUCCAUUUUCAAUGUUGAGUCGACACGAAGAGUGAUGUGUAGGUUGAUUCAUUUAUAUGAUGUACAAGUAUAAGUACAGUGUCAAGUUCAAAACGAAGUAUAUAGAACACACAUUCUUGAUUCAUGAAUUUACUUCUUUUGCGGGCAUCUUGUUGUUUGAGCUUUCUUUGAAAGCUGUUUAAGCUUUAAGUCCGAGUAUAAUUUCUUUAUCUAGAAUCAGCAACGAUUGAUGUCUUCUCUCUUAAACUGUCAUUUAAUUAAAAAUUGUGUUUUGAUUUCCUUUAUACAGAUGGUCAUACGGCAUUGUAAUGUGGGAACUGUUUACCCUCGGUAUGUUAAUUUAAUCAGAAAGAGAUUGUUCUUUCACAAAAGAAAACGUCGCACAUUGUAGAAAAACGAUAAAAAGCAUUGAAAAAUAAACAAACAUACAAAAAAUUAAACAUAACAAAUCAACAAUGUCAAGAAGGCAAAAAAACAUAUUUUUGAAAGAAUUGAAGCGAGUGUAAAAACGGGAAGUAAGGCUGGAGGAAAAGGCUGUGUAAUCAAUGUUGCACCAGUUUGGCCCCUUGCGCCUUGCGAACACUGAUCUAGACUGCUUUGUAGCACUCCGUCUUCCUUUAUGUUUAAUACUGACGGUAAUAUUAAAUAGAUACUGCAAACAGAUGAUGAUAACCAAUGUUCUAUCCAACAGGGGGAUCGCCAUAUCAUGGUGUUAGUGUCCAAGAGCUCAUUUCCUUGUUGGAGGAUGCAUACCGCAUGCCAAAACCGAACCAUGUCUCAGAGAAACUGAGUGAAAUGUUUCGUUAUAGUCGGAGCCAUUCCGCAGUUCAAUAUUUUGAGUCUUAAAUGUUAAAAUCCCAAUCCACCACGAGUGUUUAAUCUCGAGAAAGAUCUGGGGAUGAAUAGAAAGCGAAUUUCCUUUCAGCCUAGAGACGAUAAGCCUCAGGCAACAGAUUUUCAACGUGAACAUACCACUAUGAUUCACUUUUUGAAUCAUGAUGCCCGCUGUCCACAAUAGUGGUGGUAGUUCUAAGCUAUGGUGGCAAGUUUCCUCGGCCACUGAGCUGAAUUCUGUAGUGUAAGGCUCACUUCGCAUUCAUCAUACCCUUAUACAUUUAGGUACGCCAUAAUGAUGGAGUGUUGGAACGAACAGCCUCAAAAUAGACCAACAUUCAAGUGGAUUCGUUAUGCAGUCAAAAGACUUCAGGAUGACGAGCAGGUUAGUUUGUUGCAGAUUUUCGAUUUUUUAAAAAUAGAGGAAGAGCCUCGUUACACCGUGAACUUCUGUGGUCCAAAAACGAUUUGUCCUUCUAUAGUAUAGCCUUAAGAGAAGAUUCAUCUAAAUAUUCCUGAAAGAGGGAAAUAUGAUUCUUGGAAAAGAAAUAGAAAGGAGAUACUUCUCCACUGUUCCUUCGUACAUGUAUUAUGACUUCUGUCUUCUGAUUGUCUAUUGGGAGGAAUAGAUCAAUUCAACCUUGUUUUUAUACACAACUUAUUUGGUCUCAGGCGAAUAACAAUCGGCGACAAAACUAUUAACACUACCGUUAAUAGGUGUUAUGUUUUUUAUCCCUUAUAUCCUUACUUUUACCUCCCUCUCCCACUCCAGUUAAACUUCAUUUCUAAAUACUUCCUUAAGAGUGGCUUCGUGGAGGUCAACUGAUAUGAGGCCUGUAACACCUGUAUUUUAACGCUCAAAGUGAUCCUAACACUUCAUGAGAAUGUUCUCCCCGAACACAGAUCUUAUCGACAUCAAUAUCAUUUAUUUCUUUACUGAAGUAUUUGCCUUAGUAAGUAUUGGUUUUAUUUUAUUUGAAGGUCUAUGUGAACUUAGAAGACUAUGACAACCAGGAAUACUUAACUAUGAUGUAA